UGGUGGGAUGGAACCGUAGUGGCGGUUGGUACCAUGGGGCCAUCCUACGUUCUAUUUGACGCGGACGACAGUGAGUGCUACAUGUCGGAUGAAGAAAUUCGAGUAAUGGCGGUUGCCUACGAGAUUCGUAGAAGGAUCAAGUGA